GAUGAGGUCAUGUGAUCACCAGGAAGCUGCAGUGUGUUUACCUAAUGUGUCAUCCACACAGAGCGACACCCAGCAUCCUUUAUAUGUGAUAAAAACACGCUGUUACAGGAUGACUUCACUCCCUGCUGGAUGUUUGUGAUGAGCAUGUCUUUUUCCGUCCUCUCUGCGUGAACGUGAACGCCUCACCAUGGCGUCUUCAGGGUACAUCCAGGACAGCGCCACAGAGAAGGAUCAUCUCCUCUCUGCAGAGCGCAGCUAUGGAUCCCAGCAUCUUCUCGGAGACGGCAGCUCCCACCCGUCUGUCCUGAUCGAGCCGCAGCACAAGCGUGAGGAAGAGGAGGAAGAGGAGGCCCUGAGGAGGAAGCUCAAGUAUUUCUUCAUGAGUCCUUGUGACAAAUAUCACGCCAAGGGACGCAAGCCUUUCAAACUGGGCCUGCAGCUGCUGAAGAUCAUCAUCGUGACCGUGCAGCUGGUGAUGUUCGGUCUCAGUAACCAGAUGGUGGUGACAUUUAAAGAGGAGAACACGGCGGCUUUCAAACACCUCUUCCUGAAAGGUUUCCAGGACAAAGUUCCUCAGGCCGUUCACACGCAGAAGGAGCUCUACAGCCGCAUCGACUUCGCCAUCGAGCAGGUAGCGUCAUGA